CAGCUGUACUCUAUGGUCUGUGUGACUCGUCUGUUGCGAGUUCUAACCUGUCAAAAUACUUCAAAAAUACAAUACAUUAUAAUUUGGAUAGUUAGAUGUGUCUAAGAUUAAAAGUGCAACUAGUUUUUUAAAAUUUUAUUGAAGGAAGUCCUGCAAAAAUGCCUGAUAUCGUGGAAACUCUGGUCGAAAUGGGAUUUAGUAGGGAGAGAGCUGAACUUGCUGUAUCUAAAACUAAGGCAGCUGAUGUAGAAAGCGCAAUGGAAUGGCUACUAUCCCAUGAAGAAGAAAUAAAAAGUAAUGAUACUUCAGAUAAUCAAACAAGUUCUUCUACUGCUGCGGUAGAUACCGACAAUCUACAAAAGACGCUGCCGGAUGCCGAUACGGUUGAAGCAAAGUCUGUAAAAUGCGACGACUGCGGAAAACUUUUUAAGACUCAAGAAGAAAUAGAAUUCCACGCAGCUAAAUCAGGUCAUGAGAAUUUUUCUGAAUCUACUGAAGAAAAAAAACCACUGACUGAAGAAGAAAAAAAAGAACAACUUGCCAAAAUUGAAGAAAAACUGAAACAGCGCCGAUUGGAAAGGGAGGCUAAAGAAAAACAGGAAGAAUUAGAAAGAGAAAAGAGUCGAAUCAGAUCAGGCAAGGAUUUACUUGAAGCAAAGCGAAAGCAAGAGGAAACGGAAAUGAAAAAACUAAUAGAACAGAGAAAAAGAGAAAAACAAGAAGAAAAGCUGGCUCGUGAACGUGUAAAACUACAAAUUGAACAAGACAGGUUAGCAAGGAAAGCAAAACAAACCGGUGAAAAUGUUUCCAGUGCACCACCCCCUCCUACUCCUAAUACUGCUAAGCAACCACAAACACAACAGAAUUAUGCAGAAGUAAAGUUGCAAAUUAGAUUGACAAAUGGCAGCACCCUUACACAAACUUUUGGACCAAAAGAACCAUUAUCUGCAGUACGUCUUUAUGUAGAAAUGAAUAGAACAGAUGAAAAUGGACCUUUUGCCUUAAUGACUUCCUUUCCCAGAAAAAUAUUUGGUGCAGAAGAUUAUGAAAAGCCUCUGGACGUUUUAGGACUUGCCCCUUCGGCAGUUUUAAUCGUCUCUAAAACUUAAUCGCAAGACUUAUUUUGAAAUUCAACAUUAAUUAUUCAUUUUUCGUAUUAUAUUUUUUUGUAAAUAACAAAACAAAAGUUUAUUUCAUUCCCCUUUAUUUAAUUUUUUUAUAAUUUUUCAUUAGUAUCAAGUUUGACUUAAUUUAAAUUCCAAACGCAAAUAAAUAUAACGUAGUUUAAUCCUUAAGUGGUGUUUUGCUGCAAAAGAAUAUUUUUAACAUUUUAAACUAAUGAGGAAUAAUAAAGUAUUUCUCUAA